UCUGAUCCGACAGACGUCAAAAUGUUUUUCUUCAAAAUUUUGCUCUUAUUUCCCAUUUUAACCUUAACAUUCGGAGAAAAUCUUGAUUGGUGGGAAAACGCUGCUUUUUAUCAAAUUUAUCCAAGAUCUUUUGCGGACAGCGAUGGAAAUGGAAUCGGAGAUCUUAAUGGCAUAACCUCAAAAUUGGAAUAUUUGAAAGAUAUUGGAAUUGAUGCUUUUUGGCUUUCACCGAUUUUUAAAUCUCCAAUGUUCGAUUUUGGUUACGACAUCUCCGAUUUCCGUGAUAUAGAUCCAACUUUCGGGACAUUAGAUGACUUUGACAAACUCGUGGCAAAAGCAAAAUCUUUAGGUUUGAAGGUUAUUCUCGAUUACGUGCCCAAUCAUACGAGUCACGAACACGAAUGGUUCACAAAAUCCGUUCAACGAAUCGAUCCAUACACGGAUUACUACAUGUGGCAUGAUGGUUUCCCGAAUUCUACAGCAGGAGGCGCUAAUUUGCCGCCAAAUAAUUGGAUCAGUAUUUUUCACGGAUCUGCUUGGACUUGGCAUGAAACGAGACAACAAUUUUACUUUCAUGUUUUCCUCAAGGAACAACCAGAACUGCAUUAUCGAAAUGAAGAUAUGAGAAAUGAAAUGCCGAGCAUUAUGAAAUUUUGGUUAGAUCGGGGCGUCGAUGGAUUUCGUAUCGAUGCGACGCCACAUUUGAUGGAAGUUGGCGUCGAUGCGAAUGGAAAUUAUCCGGAUGAACCUGAAAAUGGAACUUGCACGAAUCCUAAUGAUCAUUGCUUUUUGGAUCACAUUUAUACAGUUAACCAAGACGAUAGUUUCAAGUUGCUCUAUGAAUGGCGGGAUUUUUUGUCAAAAUACAAAGCUGACAAUGGCGGAGAUACAAGAAUUGCCAUGUGUGAACAUUAUGCUGAUGUUGAUAUCGUAAUGCGCGUCUAUGGCGAAAAAGGAGAUACGAGAAAAGGUCCCAUGAUGCCUUUUAAUUUUUUGAUCUUGCAAGAAUUUAAUAACAGAUCGACAGCUUAUGAUUUGAAAAAUACUAUUGAUAAAUGGAUGUCCCAUAAACCGUCGCAAUUUUUACCUAAUUGGGUUAUGGGAAACCAUGAUGGAUCACGUGUUGGAUCUCGUCUCGGAGCUGAUAUGAUCGAUUGGAUGAACAUUUUGAUACUUUCUUUGCCAGGAGCGAGUGUUAAUUAUUACGGCGAAGAGAUCGGUAUGAUCGAUGGCAUAAUUCCCGCCGAAAUUCAAAACGACGAACGCGACAUCUGUCGAACUCCAAUGCAAUGGAACACGGAUAAAAAUGCAGGAUUCUCAUCAGGAGCUUCAACGUGGCUUCCUGUCAACGAAAAUUACCUUCAAGGCUUAAAUGUACAAUCAGAACUCAAUACAGUUGGCAGCCAUCUUUACAUCUACAAACAAAUGAUGUCAAUUAAGAAAUCAGAAGCUGUCAAAACGGGAGUUUUCGAAACAAAAGUUUUGGACAAUGUUUUAUUGAUUCUUCGAGGCACGGAAAAGGAACGCUAUGUAAUAAUGUUGAACUUGAAUGAUCGCACGAGUAAAGUUGAUCCGUUCAAAGCUUUUAAUAUCAGCAUGAAAUGGACUUAUGCCUUCGUACAUAAAUCCGGAAAGGCUCCUGGUAAAAUAAUGGAUACGGCAGAACUGACAUUGAAUCCAAAAGAAGCCGUUGUGAUAAAAUCCAAUGCAAUUACACUUCAAACACUUCAGUUGCUUGCGUUAUCAGCACUUGCAGUAAUUGUAAAGUACUCUUCAGCUCUUUUUAUGUAAUAAUCGUGCGACAAUCGAAUAAAAAAAUCUGUUUUCUUAUC